UCAAGCUUCCAAUUUUGUACCUACUUUAAAUUUUGAAAACUUUGUUUACUUACUCAAUAAUUUAAUAAAUAUUAAUAUACGGUUUUACAUACACAUAUUCCUAGUAAUAAAUUGGAAUAUUUUACACAAUAAGAGCAAUAAGCGCAAGAUUUAACAAUACUCCGUGGCAAAACAUACCUAUUGUAGUCAUUGUAGUUUACAAUUUUGUUUAAUAUGUAUUACGUAUCGGUGAAUCAUUUAUGAAAGGUUUCCCCUGUGAGUUAGUGUGGAAUUACUCAUUUAAAUUCCGUCUGUUUUACAUAAUGAACGUUCAUGCUGUGAAAAUGUGGAGAAACUUGAAAGUAUUGUGGUCGAAAACAAACCGGUGGCACAUAGCUCUAUUCAUAUUUGCGGUAGCGGAAUUAAAUUUGAUACCAGGAGGGCAGGUGGGCUUCCAAUGCAAUGAUCCAGCCCUCUCACACCCCUACACAGGGGACACUGUCAAUUGGAAGUGGUUGAUGGUCACUACAAUAUUUUUACCUUUGGCUGUGUUACUACUAGUUGAAAGAAAACAGUGUCCUGAAGAUACAGCCAAACACCAAGCGCUAUUCUGGUACAGGGAAUAUUUAUUUGGAUUCCUGUUGAACCUCACAAUAGUACAGACUUUGAAGUUAAUAGUUGGAUCUCCGCGACCUCACUUCUUUGAUACUUGUGGACCUCAAGAAGCUACUACUUGUGUUGAGUCAGAUUACGUACCAAGCUACACAUGUACCAAGGCGCAUUGGCUGAAGCAGUCGAACAAAAGCUUCCCGUCCGGACACACCUCGCUCGCGAUACACGCGGGCGUGUUUAUCGCGUACUACCUAUACAAAAGGGGCCAAUCCCUCCCCGGUCGCAUGACACGCACGAUACAGGGUGUUUGCAUAGUAGCCGCUAUAGUGUGUAGCGUGUCCCGAGUGUGGGACCGGCGGCACCACUGGUGGGACGUGCUCGCCGGUGCAGUACUAGCGGCACCAGUUCUGGUGUAUACAAUAAGAACACUCUGCAUGAACUUUGCCUGUAAACAGCCCGAUGAACAGAAAGAUGGAGAAACAACAGAUACUCAUAACGGAAUAGUCAAUAAGUCAUAAGCAAUGAACCUCUGGUAUUGCUAGUCCUAUCGUGAUGUUAUUAUAAGUAACGUGUAGCGUAUCAAUCAUGCUAUUUUCUUAAUGUAUGUCGGUCUAAUUUAUUAAGGAAAUAUGGUCUUAAUUUAUCAUUCUGUGAUUUUAGUUGUGUAUUUGAUUUGAUUCCUAUUUAUAUUAUAUAUUAUGUAAAAUUCUUGACUUUUCUUGGUCGUGUGGUUUUUAUUUUAGAUACGUUUGAAUUGUAUAAAGUUUCGGAAUUCAAAAAUGUCAAUUUGUUUUUAAGCAAUUAUUUUGCAGUGUGUUUUACAAGAAUUAGGUAUUAUAAUAAUUAUUAUAUCAAAAUAGAACACUAAUAAGAAAUAUCGAUAGCUAUUUUAAGGACAAUCGUGUAUAACAUGUCUUGUAAGUUGUUUACAACAAGACAAUUUUGAAUAUUUAUAAUAUGAAGAAAAUUCAAAAUUUGUUAGGCAAAUGAAAUGUUUUAUUAAUAAGAAGCAACUGUGAGAUUAGAUAUUACUCAUUUAUUGAUCCUCUUGACUAAAACUUGUUUUAAAAUGAAAAUAAUGUAACGUUAAUUCAACAAUUACUAUUUUACUU